UCCGGAAGUCGGACACAGCCGCUCUCUCCGCCCGCGCCGCUCGAUGGUUGGGCGGAGAGUGGCUGGAGCUCCGGGAGCCGUUCGCGGAAGGGCCGGGAGGCGUUUACAGGAGGGCUGUUUGGAGAUUAUGGAUGAUCAGCCGGGAACCUUAAGGGAGAGUUCAGAACUUCUCUUCUCCUUUGGAGUUAUAGCAGAUAUUCAGUAUGCUGACUUAGAAGACGGCUAUAAUUUCCAAGGAAACAGGAGGAGAUACUACAGACAUAGUCUUCUUCAUCUACAGGGUGCUAUCGAAGACUGGAAUAACGAAGGCAAUAUACCCUGUUGUGUACUUCAGCUUGGAGAUAUCAUUGAUGGAUACAAUGCACAGUAUCAAGCAUCAGAAAAGUCUCUAGAACUUGUUAUGAACACAUUUGAAACGCUUAAAGUCCCAGUUCAUCAUACAUGGGGAAAUCAUGAAUUUUAUAACUUCAGUAGAGACUAUUUAACAAACUCCAAACUUAACACCAAGUUUCUGGAAGACCAGAUUGUACAUCAUCCUGAGACCAUACCUUCAGAAAACUACUAUGCUUAUCAUUUUGUACCAUACCCUAAAUUCCGGUUCAUUUUACUUGACGCGUAUGACUUGAGUGUCUUGGGUGUGGAUCAGUCUUCUCCAAAAUACCAGCAAUGUAUGAAGAUACUGAAGGAGCAUAAUCCAAAUGCGGAAUUGAAUAAUCCUCAAGGACUUUCUGAGCCCCAGUUUGUCCAGUUUAAUGGAGGAUUCAGCCAAGAACAGCUGAACUGGUUAAAUGAAGUUCUUACGUUCUGUGACACAAACCAAGAAAAGGUGGUGAUUGUUAGCCAUCUUCCCAUUUAUCCGGGAUCCUCUGACAGUGUGAGCCUAGCCUGGAAUUACAGAGACGCCCUUGCAGUCAUUUGGUCUCAUGAAUGUGUGGUUUGCUUCUUCGCUGGUCACACCCACGAUGGUGGGUACUCGGAGGAUCCUUUUGGUGUGCACCAUGUCAGUCUAGAAGGGGUCAUUGAAACAGCGCCAGAUAGCCAGGCUUUUGGCACAGUCCAUGUCUAUCCUGAUAAAAUGAUGUUGAAAGGGAGAGGCAGAGUUCCCAACAGAAUUAUGAAUUACAAGUAAGAAGAAGCUUUCCAUCUAUAGUCUGAUUUGUCGACCUUCGUAGAAAGAGAAUGACUUCGCUUGUGUGUUUGCCCCUCCCCUCAAAGGUCCCCACAGAAACGUGAAUCCUCAGUCCCAUCGUUCAGUGUUGUGCCUGCAUAAUAAAAUGGAUUUCUGGCCUCAGUGUGCAUUAGUUCAUAAAGUAUUCUAAAACGUUAUCAGUGGAUAAUACAUCCAUUGCUGAAAGAAACAGAACAAACCGAGGAGGAGGCUGAGGUGGUGGUGGGUAUUGUUCUUAAAAAGGACUAUUUAGCCUUACCUCAAUUUUUUUACUUCUUAUAAGGGGAAUGCAUUCAUGUUUUACCUAUUUAACUUAAAAAUUCAUGAACAAUACCUAAAAUAAGCUCAGGCAAACUUUUCUGUUCACCCUGCUGUGUGAAUAAGCCUUGGACGUUUUUUGUCCCCAGUACCUGUCAUACUUGGAGUUUUAUAGGCUCGUCUUAUUUUUUAAGUAGAAGAAUCGUCAGCACGUGUUCACAGGUGCGUGUGCAGAGCUCUCAUGGCCUCCAGAGAGGCCAUGUGAUCCUCUUGUGACUCCAACCAAAGCAGGACCCAAGAGCCAGGGCAGCAGGGCGCCUGUGGACUGGCCUGUGGGCCACCAUAGGGGGUUAAUGAACUUUCCCUUGACUCCCUUUAGGAGAAGCCGGACAUGUUUAAGCAGCUCAGUUGCCAUAUAUGCUAAGACUUAUUUACAAAACACCUACUAGGUAGCAAAUUGGAACUGUUCAAGUGUAAAGAAAGUUUGAUUCAGGCCUUAAAAACAAUAAAAGAAAUAACAGUCAACCCAAGUGUGUAUGGUGAGCACCUGGGCACUAUGAACAUUAUUGUUGUUGCCAUCAAGUCAGCGCUGACUCAUGGCUGUCUUAUGGAUGACAGAAUGUUGGAAGUGUUGCCUGGUCCUGCACCAUCUUCAUGAUCAUUGGUACGCUUGAGUCCACUGCUAGGGCUGUUGUAUAGAACCUGCCAACCUAGGGUGCUUAUCUUCCAGCACCGUAUGGUACAGUGUUGUCGGAUACACUAUGAAGAUACAGAGGCUGCCCUGGUUUCCUACGACUGCUGUAACAAAUUACCACAGACCCAGUGGCUUAGAAACAACAUACAUUUGCUGUCUUACAGUUUUGGAGAUUAGAAGCCCAAAAUCACUUUCACUCGGAGAAAAAAAAGGUGUCAGCAGGGCUGUGCUCCCUGGGGAGGAUCUAGAGGGGAAUCUGCUUCCCUACUGUCAAAGGUUGGAUUGUGUCCCCCAAAAAUGUGUGUCAACUUCGUUAGGCCAUGAUUCCCAGUAUUGUGUGGUUGUCCUCCAUUUUCUGAUUGUAAUUUUAUGUUAAAGAGGAUAAGGGUGAAGUCGUAAUGCCCUUACCAAGGUCACAUCCCUGACUCAAUGUAAAGGGAGUUUUCCUGGGAUGUGACCUGCACCACCUUUUAUCUUACAAGAAAUGAAAGGGAACCUCAUACCACCAAGAAAGCAGCACCAGGAGCAGAGCGCGUCCUUUGGACCCGGGG